UCACGGGGAUCCACAUCAGGGCCUCGUCUUCCCAGCCCAUCUGGAGGAGAGAUCAUGAGGUCGCUGUACUGUUUCAUCCUGCUCUCCCUGAGCGCAUUUGCAGCAGCUUCGAAGGAAGGGAAGCACUGGUGUUACCUGUCGCAGAAGUGCCACGACCCCCACUGCCAAGAACCGCGCCAGUGGGACCAGAUGUACGAGGCGUGCAGCGGGAGCGGACAGUCUCCGAUCAACAUCCUCACCCGCAAAGUGCAGCACGACUGGACGCUCCAGCCCCUCCGUUUCCGCGAAUACAGCACCAGGCCGGACAGCAAGUGGAGCGUGGAAAACAACGGCCACACGGUCCAGGUGAACCUGAAAGGAUCGGCAGCGACGAUAGAAUCGGGGGGGCUCUCGGGGAGCUACAAGGCCGUGCAGUUUCACUUCCACUGGGGGAACGGCGACGGAGCCAAGUCGACAAGUCCUGGAUCGGAGCACAGCAUCGACGGGGAGCGCUAUGCCAUGGAGCUUCAUAUCGUCCACAUCAAGGAAGAGUUUCCCACCAUUGAAGCAGCGCUUGCCAAUAAGGGCAUCGCAGUGCUGGGAUUCUUCAUAGAGGCUGGCCAGCACAACAAGAACUAUGAGCAAUUCAUUGCAAAGCUAUCCGAAGUCAGCUUCCCAGGAAAUAAAACGGAAAUGUCCGCCUUGUGCCUGGAUUCCUUAAUACCGAACAUUGAGGACCUCGGCAGUUUCUAUCGCUACACCGGCUCCCUGACCACACCUGGAUGCAAUGAGGACGUCGUCUGGACCCUGUUUGAGAAGCCCAUUCAGCUUGGGCUGGACCAGAUCCAAGCAUUCUGGCUGCGGCUGUAUUUUGGUGGAACCAAAGACCACUGGAUGGUGGAUAAUUUCCGACCCGUUCAGCCUGUAGGGGACCGGAUCGUCCGCAAGUCAGAUGCAAACACCCCUUCGCUUCCAGCCAAAGUCUUGCUGCUGUUGCCCUCUGCCGUGUACCUCGUCCUCUGCCUCAUCCAGUGAUCGCUUUCUGAAACGCCCCUAAUUAUUGCGGCCCCAGGCAUGGUAAUACGUGGCUCGUGUACAACAGACGCUCCCCGCUAUGGGAAGGGGCUUGGCUGACCAAAAGGACCUAUAACGGAUCUGUUCAGAGUGGCUUUUGGGCAGUGGGGUGUCCCAUGCCAAGGACCCCCAAUUUCCCUAGGCGGCGGCAGCUGCAUCCACAAAGACAGCUGAGCAGAGAGCCAAAACAAAACACAGAGCAUACUCCAAAUCAAAUUCUUGCAUGAACUUGCUAGCUAGCAAUGAAUGAAUGCAGAGACCCCUGACUGGCUGUGCGGGGGAUACCAUAUUCCCCGUUAUGGGUCCUUCCCAUCAGCCCUCCCCGACCCCGUGCUCUCCAGCUGUGUUGGACCUCAACCCCACUGCCCCUAGUCGCACUGGCUCUGCUUUAGACGCAGGGAUCUGGCCCUAUUCCA